ACCAUAUUGAGUAAGUACUUUUUCUUUUCUCUACAGGUGAUCCAUUAUGUCUCUGCAAAAGCCUCUGAUGAGGGGUUUGCUGGCAAAGCGUCUGAGGUUUCACGUUCCCAUCGUCGCGUUCGCUCUGUCCAUACUGGCUGCUGUGGGCUGGAAGUACGGAGUGACCGAGCCGAGGAAACAGGCGUACGCUGACUUCUACAAGCAUUACGACGCCGUCAAAGAGUUCACCGCCAUGAGGGAGGCCGGCGUCUUCCAGAGCGUGCGGCCCACCGCAAAGUAAAACCACCAGCUCUUCUCCCCGUCACUCUUUCCUGUUCUGAGGAUGAAGUUCCUUCUUUGGAUGUUAUUUACUGAUUUAGAUGUGAACACCGCUAUGCUGUUCUGUUCCUCUAAAUAAAAUAUUCUAUUAAUGUAAAAA